AUGGUUUUCUCCUCUAUUCCAGUCUUUGUAGAUCCUCCCAAUUGGCAGCAGCAACCAAACCAUCCUCAAGCCAAUGGCAGUGAUAACACUCAGCUUCUUCCGCCUUUGCCUCCACAGCAGCCUCAUGUGGGAGGUUCUGGGGGUUCAAUCAGGCCAGGUUCUAUGGCUGAUCGAGCCAGGCUAGCUAAAAUACCUCCUCCUGAACCAGCUCUCAAGUGUCCACGUUGUGAAUCCACCAACACUAAAUUUUGCUAUUUCAACAACUAUAGCCUCUCUCAACCACGCCACUUCUGCAAGACUUGUAGGCGCUAUUGGACAAGAGGGGGUGCUCUAAGAAACGUUCCUGUGGGUGGAGGGUGCCGCAGGAACAAGAAGAACAAAAGGAGUCGCUCUAAGUCUCCUGCAUCAUCUGAGAAACAAACACUUUCUGGUUCUUCUGGUGCACUCCCCUCUGGUGGAACCACUCACGAGCUUAUAGGCCAGUUGCCACAACCACCAAAUCUUCCCUUCAUGGCUUCCCUCCAGAACCUGAACCGUUAUGCUGUUGGAAACAUGGGCCUCGGGUUGCGUGAGAUUCACGGACAGAACGAUCACAUGGGGUUUCAAAUUGGUGGCAGUGGUAAUCCGUCUGCUGGUGGAGGAAUGGAUCAGUGGCGCUUGCAGCAAGUUCCUUUCUUGAAUGGUUUUGAAUCAGCUUCAGCUGGUUCAUACCAUUUUCAAAAUGAAAGUAUUGAAACACCUUCUGGUUUGGUUGGAGAUUUAUCAACGAAUUCUAGGGUUUCUCAGAUGCCAUCAGUUAAAAUGGAAGAAAGUGCAGCCUUGAACUUGUCAAGAUCACCACUGAACAUCUCAGAAAAUAACCACUACUAUUCAUGGACUGAUAUGUCAGGUCUUUCCUCUUCUUCAGCUAGUCAUCUCUUGUAA